CUCUGCCGGUCGUCAGUCGUUUACUACUAGCUUGCUGCUGCUAAGAAAAUCUACUACGUGUAUGGUAGUAGCCCAAUCGGCUGAUAUUUUAGUUCAUUUUUGGUUAUUUUUAUCCGGUCGGCCAGUUUUUUUUUCGUUCUUAAAUUACGUUUGUUUCGUUCUGAGGGAGGUUGUCGUUGUAAUUAUAUGCCUUUUGUUUGGUUCUAUCGUUUCCGAUUAUUCAUAGCCAGUCAGUUGAUCGAGAAAGAGAGAGGCUUGGCUUCAAUGGCGUAAUCCGGUGACGUCGGAACACCCUCCGAAAAUAGUUUGCGAAAGAGGAUAAAGGAUCUCCGAUCUAGCGCAGGUAAAGAGAUUUUCUUCUGUCGUCAACGGAACCAGGAAGCGAAAAAUAACACAUCAAUGGCCUUGCUGGUAUUCUUGAUUGCAGCUGCCCACUGUGUCUACACGCCGUUCACAAAAGUCGAGGAGAGCUUCAAUCUUCAGGCGAUUCAUGACUUGCUUUACCAUCGGCUGAACCUGACCCAAUAUGAUCAUCACGAAUUCCCCGGAGUGGUUCCCAGAUCCUUCCUGGGGCCGCUUUUCGUCACGUUCUUGGUGACACCGAUCGCCACAGCGCUCGAAUUCUUCGAAAUUAACAAAUUCUGGAUGCAGUAUGUCGUUCGCUUCGCGCUGGCAGGAACAGUGAUUUUCGCGUGGAAUAAGCUUCGCGUCACAAUACACAAACAGCUCGGCGUUUCUGUGUCCCUGUGGUACAUUCUCAUCACCAUCACGCAGUUUCACUUCAUGUUCUACAUGAGCCGUCCCUUGCCGAACAUCAUGGCACUGCCGCUGGUGCUUUUGGCGGUAAACUACUGGAUGACACGAAGUGUCAAACUUUUCAUCGUAUGCUCCGGAGCCGCCAUUAUCAUUUUCCGGGCGGAAUUGACCAUGCUUUUGGGAUUGUAUCUUCUGUAUGAUCUGUACUACAAACGAGUGCACUUGGAUGUGGUGCUAAAAACUGUCAUCCCAGCAGGCGUGCUGCUAAUCGUUUUAACCGUACUGGUUGACAGUUUCUUCUGGCGCCGCCUACUGUGGCCCGAAGCCGAAGUGUUCUGGUUCAACACCGUGCUGAACAAAAGCUCCGACUGGGGUACCUCGCCUUUUUUGUGGUACAUCUAUUCGGCGCUGCCCCGUGCCAUGGGCCUAUCGUUGCUGUUCGUCCCCUUCGGACUGGUGCUGGAGAGCCGGAUCCGUAGGCUAGUCAUUCCGGCGGUGGUGUUUGUGCUGCUGUUUUCGAUGCUGCCCCACAAGGAGCUACGCUUCAUCAUCUACGUGUUUCCGCUGCUGAACGUGGCCGCCGCAUGCGCGUGCAAUCGGAUAUGGAUUAAUCGAAAAAAGACAAUCAUCAACAAGUUCCUAUCAUUCGUCGCCAUUGGCCAUUUAUUCGGAAAUGCUUUUCUUACAAUGUUUCUCCUAUUAGUUGCGGGAACCAACUAUCCUGGAGGAGUCGCGAUCUCAAGAUUCCAUCGACUGGCAGCCGGAGAAACGAACAUUACCGUCCACAUAGAUAAUAUGGCCGCUCAGAGCGGCGUCUCCAGGUUCUCUCAAAUCAAUCCGGAUUGGGUAUACAGCAAAGAAGAGGACCUCUUUCCGGGUGAGCAGCGGCUGCACAGCUUCGACUACCUGCUGACAGAAGCGCGCGAUAAAUACUCGGACGAGAUGCGUCUCCUGGGACAAACUCACGAAAUUCUGGAGUUUGUCGAGUGUUUCAACAGCAUCGGGCUGCAGUACAAGUCGCUACUUCCGGUCAAGAUCAAAACCAAACCAUGCAUUUUCAUCAUGAAGCGACGCCAGUCGCUGGAACCCGGCAAGAUCCGGCUGAACUUUGAUGACAUAAUGGAAACGAGUAACCUCGGUGGGAGCGGAUCGCUGAGCGAUCCGGAGUUUCCACCUUUUGAAGUCGAUGGACGAGAGGAAGAAGAUGAUGAGGAUGAGGAUGAAGUUCUGCAAGAUGACGAGGAUGAUAAGCACGAAGCGGAUAAUGCAGAGGAAGAAAAACAAUUCGAGGACGAUGACCAACCAGAGGACGACUUGGAGGAACUGAAGGAAUCUGUUGAACAGGAAGAACCUCAGCGAUAUCAAAAAGCGACCCGCAAUCGGCGUAGCACGAAAGACUCAACUCUCAAACCGAUGCAACGGGUGAGGAAAUCGACUUCCAAGAGUCGGAUAAAGAUCAAGGAAAUUCUCGAGGAGAACGCCCACCUGCUGACGGAGGAUGACGAGAGCGAAACACGUGAGCAGAAGCGUGCCAAGGUGGCGUCCUAUCUGCAGAAGGCGUCCUCAUCGACGCAGCUCAAAACGGCUCAGAAGAUCAUCCGCGAGGAGAAGCUGAAACAGAUGGCCAACGAGCUGAGCAAAUUGGACUUCAGUGGACUGUGCAACUUGGAUCGGAUGUCGACGCGGGAGUGUUUGAGGCAAAUCAUCGACGAGCAGUACGGUUUGGGGGAUGGGGAGGAUGAAGAAGAAUAAAAGAUUAAAUUGGGUAAAAAUUGGGUCCACCGAAUAGAGCUUUAAAGACAAAAUGUGAAAUGAUUAGACGAGAAAAAAAAGCGAUGACAUUUUUAGAAA